AUGACAAUCCCCCAACUAGUCAUCGAGGCGAAUCACCCUGACUGGCUGGCACAGCCGAUGCACUGCGACGGCCAGUGGACGUCCAGACAAAACGAUUUGCCUCCGGUGAUUGCCUAUGUGAACUGGGAGGCUCGUCAGAUCGCUACGAGACGUACGCACGCCGACACCGUCCUGAUGUACCAGGCGCACGUGCAGCCUUCUGUGCACGUUUAUGCAGACUAUCAUCUUUCUGCUAAACUGCUUGAGAUCUACGAAAGAGCAACCGUCCGCACAUGCAUCUGCAAUCCCAGCUACACGGACCGUGGAACUGGUCAAGAAAUGACCGAAGCGCCUGCAAGUGGAUGCAUUUUCAAAUUUCGACGGCUCUGCGUGGCCCACGGUGUCCCACAGAGCGGGCCUACUAUCGCGUUCUUCAAAAGGUGGACCCGCACCCCGGAGAAGUUCCAGCUGUGUCGGAGCAGGGUGCAAAAGUGGAUCAGUGACGGCAAGACUAGACAUGUCUGGGCCAAAUGGAAAGAAGCAAGAGCCCGGGAUUUCACCGGCAUCAAGGAUCUGGAGACUAUCUGGGUACCCAAAUGGAGCGGGCUGGAGGGUGUGCUGAACGUGGUGGACCAGGACACCCUCACUCACGGGAGCGUUGACGGGGAAAUCAACGUGUGGACGUUUUGCCCCAACGAGACUCACCCGUGGGUGAGGGAGGUCCUUGCCUGGACCACUUCAGGCCCCGAAUCAUGUUUCGGGGGUAAUUAUGAGCAGCUGGAGUUAAUCUCCACGGGAUACUGA